ACGCUGGUCACGUGGCCAUCAACGUCAAAGACGUAAUGGCAGCCUCCUGUUUUGCAAAUGAACACAAGGAACAGUAGAGUUUAAAUAACACUUUUGAGUACAAAGAAUCCCAUCCGAAGAGAUACCGCCAUGUCCCCAAAGAUCACAGUGGAGUUGCUACGGCAACUCCGCCAGGCCAUGAGGAGCACCAAGUACCUGAAGGAGCCCAUCCAGGCCUACAUCGUGCCCUCUGGAGAUGCACACCAGAGUGAAUACAUUGCCCCGUGUGACUGCAGACGGGCAUUCAUCAGUGGCUUCAAUGGCUCUGCAGGCACUGCUAUCAUCACAGAGCAGCACGCCGCCAUGUGGACUGACGGACGCUACUUCCUGCAGGCCAGCCAGCAGAUGGACAACAACUGGACCCUCAUGAAGAUGGGGCUGAAAGAGACUCCCUCCCAGGAAGAUUGGCUUAUCAGCGUCCUACCAGAGAACUCCAGGGUCGGGGUGGACCCCUGGAUCAUCGCUGCUGACCAGUGGAAGAACAUGUCCAAGGCUCUGGCAGGUGCGGGCCACGCCCUGGUUGCCGUGGAGGACAACCUGAUCGACGCGGUGUGGGAGGACCGGCCGGCGCGCCCCAGCACUCCGCUCAUCGCCCUGGGCCUCAAGUACACCGGUUUGAGCUGGCAGGACAAAGUCACCACGGUGAGAGCCAAGAUGGCGGAGAGGAAGAUAUCCUGGUUUGUCGUCACAGCGCUGGACGAAAUUGCAUGGCUCUUUAACCUGCGAGGAUCAGACAUCGAAUACAACCCAGUGUUUUUCGCCUACGCCAUUGUCGGGCUGAACACCAUCAGGCUGUUUGUGGACCAGAAGCGCCUGGCGGAACCGGCCAUCCGCGAGCACCUGCAACUGGACACGCCCGGGCGGCCGGAGCUGAGCGUGCAGGCGUCCCCCUACGAGCUGGUCCACACCGAGCUGCAGGCCAUCUGCGCAGCCCUGGGCCCCAAGGAGAAGGUCUGGAUCUGCGACAAGGCCAGCUGCGCCCUCACACAGACCAUCCCCAAGAUGCACAGGGCUCCAAUCCCCUACACUCCCCUCUGUCUUGCCAAAGCGGUCAAGAACGCCACAGAGAUUGAAGGCAUGAAAAUGGCUCAUAUCAAAGAUGCAGUGGCCUUGUGUGAGCUGUUUGCCUGGCUUGAAACAGAGAUUCCUAAAGGCACAGUCACAGAGAUCUCAGCGGCCGACAAGGCUGAGGAGUUCCGCAGCCAGCAGAAAGACUUUGUGGGCCUGAGUUUCCCCACCAUCUCCAGUGUUGGACCAAACGCCGCCAUCAUCCAUUACAGACCUCUGCCUGAGACCAAUAGAACAUUGUCCCUAAAUGAAAUCUACCUGAUCGACUCAGGAGCCCAGUACAUGGAUGGGACGACUGAUGUCACCCGCACAAUGCACUUUGGAACGCCCACAGAGUAUGAGAAGGAGUGCUAUACGUACGUGCUGAAGGGCCAGAUUGCGGUCUGUGCUGCUGUGUUCCCCAACGGUACCAAAGGCCACCUGCUGGACUCGUUUGCGCGCGCGGCGCUGUGGGAGGCGGGCCUGGACUACCUGCACGGCACGGGCCACGGCGUGGGCUGCUUCCUCAACGUGCACGAGGGGCCCUGCGGAAUCAGCUACAAGACCUUCGCCGACGAGCCCCUGGAGGCCGGCAUGAUCGUCAGCGACGAGCCCGGCUACUAUGAGGAUGGAUCGUUUGGAAUUCGCCUGGAGAACCUAGUCCUGGUUGUGCCUGCAAAGCCCAAAUACAACUACAGGAAUAGAGGUAGCCUAACGUUUGACACCAUCACGCUGGUGCCCAUUCAGACAAAGCUCAUCAACACACAGCUGCUCACCCAGAAAGAGCGCGAUUGGCUGAACGAGUACCACAGACAAUGCCGCAAGAUUACUGGAGCAGAGCUGGAGAGGCAGGGCCGCAAGGUGGCUCUCGACUGGCUCAUGAGGGAGAGUCAGCCAAUCUAAAGUGACGACCAGGAAAAAACAACCAACCAACCAACCAACCAAACAAACAAAACACCCCAGGAAAACUGAACAUUGUGGAGUGACAAAAAAAAAUCAAGCCGGUCUACACUUUUUAAAUGGCCACCAUCUCAGUCCUCAAUCUUCUCUCUGUUCUUAUUUAAUUAACUUGACGGUUGAUUCUACAGUAUCUCUCUCUCUCUCUCUCUCUCUCUCUCUCUCUCUCUCUCUCUCUUUCUCUCUCUCUCUCUUUCUCUCGCUUAAUUAAGCCAGCACAUUUCAUACUGCCCAUUCUCCUAAUGUCUUAUCACCCUUCAGUCAAUAAAAUAUCUAAUGUGUA